CUUUUUCCGGAGAUUUUAAACGCAUCAGAAGCAGAUCUAGCUUGUUAGCCCCGGUGUAGCAAAGAUGCAGCUAGCUCUGAGUAAAACAUUUGGCCAGAAACCAGUUAAGUUCCAGCUGGAAGAAGAUGGAGACUUUUACAUGGUGGGAUCAGAGGUCGGGAACUACCUGCGGAUGUUCAGAGGCUCCCUCUAUAAGCGUUACCCAUCACUAUGGAGGCGGCUGGCCUCCGUGGAGGAGAGGAAGAAGAUCAUGGCUUCAUCCCACGCCACCAGCGUGACGCUGCUGAAGGCCUCAGAGUGCGAGGAGAUCUUCGACGGGAAUGAUGAAAAGUACAAGGCUGUGUCCAUCAGCACCGAGCCUCCGGCGUACCUCAGGGAGCAGAAGGCGAAGCGCAGCAGCCAGUGGGUUCCCACCUUACCCAACAGCUCCCAUCACCUGGACGCCGUUCCUUCCUCCACCUCCAUCAACAGAAACCGGAUCGGCCGCGACAAGAAGAGGACCUUCCCCCUCUGCUUCGAUGACCACGACCCGGCGGUGAUCCAUGAGAACGCGGCGCAGGCGGAGGCGCUGGUUCCGAUCCGGUUGGACAUGGAGAUCGACGGACAGAAGCUGAGAGACGCCUUCACCUGGAACAUGAACGAGAAGCUGAUGACGCCGGAGAUGUUCGCCGAGAUUCUGUGCGACGACCUGGACCUGAACCCGCUGGCCUUCGUCCCCGCCGUGGCGUCCGCCAUCCGCCAGCAGAUCGACUCGUAUCCUAGCGACGGGCUGCUGGAGGAGCAGACCGACCAGCGCGUCAUCAUCAAGCUGAACAUCCACGUGGGGAACAUUUCUCUGGUGGACCAGUUUGAGUGGGACAUGUCUGAGCGCGACAACUCGCCGGAGGCCUUCGCCCUCAAGCUGUGCUCCGAGCUGGGCCUGGGCGGAGAGUUCGUCACCACCAUCGCCUACAGCAUCCGGGGGCAGCUCAGCUGGCACCAGCGCACCUACGCCUUCAGUGAGAACCCGCUCCCCACGGUGGAGAUCGCCAUCAGGAACACCGGAGACGCCGACCAGUGGUGCCCCCUGCUGGAGACUCUGACAGACGCAGAAAUGGAGAAGAAGAUCCGAGACCAGGACAGAAACACAAGGAGAAUUAGACGUCUGGCCAACACCGCCCCCUCCUGGUAGGACGCCUCCAGCCCGGACCCACCCGGACCCACCCGGACCGACUGCUGGCCUGAUCACCAUGUAGCGCCUCAUGUAGUGUUUGUUCUGACCCGUUUCUGCUCCAUGCAGCCUCCACUCUGCAGCUGCAGGUUCUGGCCUCCAGAACCUUCAGGUUCAUCAUGCUUCAGUACCAGGACGAUGAGUUACCGUGGAAACCGCUGCUGGUUGGUGCCGCCAGUGUUGGAGGCUGGAGCAGAACUUCCUGCUUCUCACCAACCAGAACAAACCGACGCUCCUGGUUCUGCUUUAACCCGGUUCUGACCCGGUAGAGGUUCUGCAUGCAGACUCAUGUUUCCUGAGGAGGAGGAGGAUCUUCAUCACGUGGUUCCCUCAUGGGCAGACCAUGGUCAUUUCAUCUUCUUUUGUAAGUUGUUGGACAUUUAUAUUGACUGUUUUUAUAUAAAAACAAUAAAACAAAGAUUAACCAAAU